CGUUCUAGGGGAGACAACUCUAAAUAUUGGAGCUUGCCGGAAGUUUCGUCAUUUGGUCACGCUGCAAGUCAUUUCGCUUCCUAUGAUGUUCCACGCGAUGUGCAAGCACGCGCUGUUUUCUUAAUGAGCACACAUCAGACACACACGGAGAUUAAACACAUGAUUUAUUGCCGCCGGUAAGCUUUGUGGCACGUGCCAUUGUGAAAUACCUCGCUGAACGUGACAGAAUGAAUUUGACUUUGGCUGACAGUGCACCAACACGUCGUCUGCUAGUGUGAGGCAAGGAAUUCACGUCUGCUUUCGUCCUGGCGGGUUUGUAUUCUCCUCUCAUAGUUGGCGACAAACAUUAAUCAAAGCAAAGCCAUUGAACCCGUUAUCACGUGCUUCCCUUGACCCAGUCGCCCGGAACACUGGCUUGCUUCACGCACGGCUGUCACUAUACAUGAGUACGUUAUUACAACAGCAAUUGAGCUGAAUGACAAUCACGCAAAACACUGACUUGCCACUGCUUACUGUCGACCAGAUGGUGCCAUACCUGACACAUUUCACACAAACUCAAAACCACAUUUCUACUGACUGAUCACAGUCAACAUACCUGCGUCCUGUUUACAACAUGUCCGAGAAGCAUGGCGCGGUGGAGUUUGUGUUGGGGGGAAUAGCCACAUGUGGGGCAGGCUUUUUCACAAACCCCCUGGAGGUUGUGAAGACGCGAAUGCAGCUCCAGGGUGAACUCCAGUCAAGGGGCCAGUACGCCAUCCACUACAGGAACGCUGCCCAUGCCUUCUACACCGUAGCCAAAAACGAUGGAGUAUUGGCCCUGCAGAGUGGCCUGGUCCCUGCACUGUGGUACCAGUUCUUCAUGAACGGCAUCCGUCUGGGCAGCUACCAACUCCUGAUAAACCUGGGGAUGACCAUGGACAAAACUGGACAUCCAAGCUUUGUACGCAGCAUCAUGGCUGGAGCAUUUGCAGGAUGUGUUGGAGCCAUGGUCGGGAGCCCAUUUUACAUGGUGAAGACCCAUCUUCAGGCCCAGGCUGUACGGGACAUCGCCGUGGGGACCCAGCAUCCCCAUGAGAGCAUGAGUCAUGGGAUACGAACUAUAUACUCCCAGUUUGGGCUGGUGGGAUUGUGGCGAGGGGUCAACGCAGCCGUCUGCCGGGUAACAGUAGGAUCCGCAUCACAGCUGUCCACUUUUUCUGUCGCCAAGGAUUACAUUGUGGAAUACAAGUGGUUUCCUAAAGACAGCUGGAUGAAUGCUCUCGUGGCCAGCAUGGCCAGCGGUAUAAUUGUCACCUGCUUCAUGACACCGCUCGAUGUGGACGACCGACUCUAUAACCAAGGUGUGGAUGCACGUGGAAAGGGCUUGCUGUACUCUGGCGUGUCUGAUUGCCUCGUGAAGAUUCUCAGGAAGGAGGGUAUCUGGGGGUUCUACAAAGGCUGGGGGGCAAGCUACUUUCGACUCGGGCCCCAUACAGUCAUCAGUCUUGUGCUGUGGGGCGAGGUGCGCAUCAAACUCUACUCCAUUUGGAAGCGACCUCAAAAAAGACAAGAAGGGAACGCAUUCAGAGCUGAUACACGCGUAGUAGCUGUAUGUUGCCUGUGUUUGUCAAGAAGGGAAUGUACUUGA